CGCUACGGGCGCAGGCAGCGACACCGCCCCCUUGCCGGGGCGGGUGAGGCGGGACUCAGCGCGGCCUGUAGCGAGGAGGUGGCGGUCAGAGAGAUUUGAUAGAUGGAUAAUAAAAUGGCGUUGGUUCCCUAUGACGACAGUGCGGUCUGGGGAUUGCAGAAGUUCCAUAAAUCUUCAUCUGUGUAUCACUUUGCCAGCCACACAAUCCAAAUCAAACAAAACUGGAAGCAACUGGGUGUAGCAGCAGUCGUAUGGGACGCGGCUGUCGUCCUGUGUACUUAUCUGGAGAUGGGAAGUAUUGAUCUACAAGGGCGCUCAGUGAUUGAACUAGGAGCAGGAACUGGAUUGCUGGGAAUAGUGGCCACGUUAUUGGGUGCUCAUGUCACCAUCACAGACAGGGAAGCCGCACUGGAAUUUCUCGAGUCAAACGUUCAGGCUAACUUACCUCCCGACCUCCAGCCGCGAGCUGUGGUAAAGGAACUGACUUGGGGAAGAAACUUGGGGAACUUCUCACCAGGAAAGUUUGACUUUAUCCUGGGCGCAGACAUCAUUUAUCUGGAAGACACCUUUGCAGAUCUGCUUCAGACACUGGAGCACUUGUGCUCAGAACAUACUGUUAUUCUGUUAUCGUGUCGGAUUCGCUAUGAACGGGAUCAGAAUUUCCUGGAGAUGCUGAAGGGACGAUUUUCGGUACGUGAGGUCCACUACGAUCCUAGUAAGGAUGUACGUGUAUUCAAAGCACGGAGGAGCAUUCACAAGGAAGACUUUUGACUGCAUUUCUUUUCUCUAAUAUCAAACACUACUUGAAGAACACUUUCACAGCAGAUUUGACAAAACGCAAAGAAGGUACCAACGUGAGAUUUCUAAAGGUAGAUACAGCACUCAAUCCCAAGGUUUAAGAAUCUGAGGUGCCUUCCAAAAUCUGAUCGGGACGGGGUGUGGAGCGUGCUUUCAGAUGUCUUAAAAGAGCAACACUCCGAUGCAGAAACUACAGAACCCAAACCACCAAAAAAAGAAAAUCAACCUUCUGCUGGUGGCCUCUGACUCAGAUGAUGAAAAUGAGCAUGCGUCAGUCUACUCUGCUUUGGCUCGUUAUUGAGCAGAACCCAUCAUCAGCAUGGAUGCAAGUCCUCUGGAAUGGCGGUUGAAAAAGGAAGGGACAUAUGACUCUUUAGUACGUCUGGCACGUAAAUAUCUUGCAACACCAGCCACAACAGUGCCAUGCAAACACCUGUUUGUAAACAAGAAGCGGGCAGCAUUAUCUCCUGAAAAUGUAAACAAACGUGUUUGUCUGAGCGAUUGGCUGAACAAGAAGUAGGUCUGAGUGGACUUGUAGGCUCUAAAGUUUUACAUUGUUUUAUUUUUGAGUGCAGUUAUUUUUUUGCACAUAAUUUUAUAUAAGAACAUAAGAAUGGCCAUACUGGGUCAGACCAAGGGUCCAUCCAGCCCAGUAUCCUGUCUGCUGACAGUGGCCAAUGCCAGGUGCCCCAGAGGGAGCGAACCUAACAGGCAAUGAUCAAGUGAUCUCUCUCCUGCCAUCUAUCUCCACCCUCUGACAAACAGAGGCUAGGGACACCAUUCCUUACCCAUCCUGGCUAAUAGCUGUUAAUGGACUUAACCUCCAUGAAUUUAUCUAGUUCUCUUAUAGUUGUAAGUUGCACUUUCACGAUAAAGAGAUCGCACUACAGUAUUUGUAUUAGGUGAAUUUCUUU